AUGAAGGAGCCCGAUGACCAGGAUGCCGAUGGGGGGAAAUCAGAUAGGUCAAAGAGCAGUGCAGAUCCGUCUCAGGGGUCCUCGCAAACUACAUCAAGAUCUAUCAAAGUGGCGGACACAGACGAAACCCUUACUGAAGGGGAAGAAUCCUAUUUAGAGGAUGAUGAUUCCUAUGAGGAAGAUUUGGAAGGAAGUUACAGUUCCUUUCAAGAUGAUGCUUACGGUAGAGACCCUAGGUAUAUGGAAAUCCAUGGCUCAGCUGCAGAAGAGAGAGAGGAGGAAGUUAAGAGGAGAAUAUCAGAGAACUUCUAUUACGAUUAUUUGGAGUUGGCUUCCAUACCUUAUGUGUCUCUGGGUUCGAACAUACCACUGGAUCUUCUCACGCUUGUACAUUCCUUUGGUUAUGACUGCAAAAAGCGGGCCAACCUGCAACUCCUGGACGGCAGUACCAUCAUGUACAUAGCUGGGAACCAGCUGAUCCUUGUGAAUUUGAAAACCAAGGAACAGAUCUACCUGCGAAGUAGCGGUGGUACAGGCAUUGGUGUCAUUGGGGUUCACCCUGAUAAAACUUACUUUGCAAUAGCUGAAAAAGGAGUUUGCCCAAAGAUCAUCAUCUAUGAAUAUCCUUCUCUGAGGCCCUACAGAAUCCUUCAAGAUGGGACUGACCUGGCCUAUGCGUAUGUGGACUUUAACUACAGCGGUUCCUUGCUGGCCUCUGUUGGUGGCAACCCUGAUCACACAUUGACCAUCUGGAAUUGGAGACAGGAACAGCCCAUACUGAGGACAAAAGCUUUUUCCCAGGAAGUUUUUAAGGUCACUUUCAAUCCUGAAGAUGAUCAGCAGCUUACUACCGCAGGAACAGGCCACAUCAAAUUCUGGGAAAUGGCUCUAACAUUCACUGGUCUCAAGCUUCAGGGUUCACUAGGUCGGUUUGGCAAAACAGCCACUACUGAUAUAGAAGGCUACAUGCAGCUCCCAGACGGGAAGGUGCUGUCAGGAUCAGAAUGGGGCAACAUGCUGGUUUGGGAAGCUGGCCUCAUCAAAGUUGAACUCUGUCGAGCUGCACGUAAGUCUUGUCACCAGGGUCCCAUCAACCAGAUAAUGCUGGACGAGGGUGAAGUUAUCACUAUCGGGUCAGAUGGAUGCGUAAGGAUAUGGGAUUUUGAGACCAUAGACACUGCUGAUUCUAUAAACGAGACUGGACUGCUAGAGAUUGAGCCCAUCAAUGAACUUCUAGUAGACAAGAAUGUCAAACUCUUCUCCAUGAUAAAAAUGAAUGAAGCUGGAAAUAACUUUUGGUUGGCUCAGGAUUCCAGUGGCGCCAUAUGGAAGCUUGACCUUAGCUUUUCAAAUAUUACACAAGAUCCAGAAUGCCUCUUCUCCUUCCAUUCGGGACCCAUUGAAGCCUUGGCCGUGUCUCCUCUCACUUAUCUGAUGGCCACUACUGCCUUGGACUGCUCUGUUCGAAUCUAUGAUUUUGCUAGCAAAACUCCUUUGACUUCUGUGAAAUACAAACAAGGAGGCACUGCCCUUGCUUGGGUACCUCGACUGAUAAGCUUCACCGGAGCACAGAUCGUUGUAGGAUUUGAGGAUGGAGUUGUUCGAGUACUUGAACUUUAUGACCCAAAAGGGCUCACAAUUUUUGCAGGACGGAAGAAAUACUUGGAUGCAGAUCUUCAUCUGAAACAUGUUUUCAAACCCCAUACGGAUCAUGUAACUGCUUUAGCUUUUGAACGCGACGGGGAAAUUCUGGCUACCGGGAGUAAAGAUAAAACUGUGUUCUUCUUUGAAGUGGAAAAAGAUUAUAAACCAAUUGGUUAUGUUACUACUCCUGGGCCUGUUUGCCAGUUAGCAUGGUCUCCGCUCUCUCAUCCUGAAAGUACUUUAUUGAUUAUCUGUGAGAAUGGCUAUGUCCUUGAAGCUCCACUUCCAACCAUAAAGGAGGAAGCGGUGGAUCACGAUGUAGUUUCCUACGAAAUCAAAGACAUGCACAUAAAAUGUUUCCAUUUUUCAAGCGUCAAAUCUAAGAUUAUGAGAUUUAUAGAAAUUGAAAAGCGAAAGAAACGCAAGGAGCUGAAGGAGAGGGAAAAGGAAGAGAGGAGGAAGCGCCUGGAGGAGGCGGGAGAAGACGAAGACAAGGACUCGCAGGAGGAGGGGGAGGAGGGGGACGAGCCGGAGGAGCCACUGCCCGAGAUCUUCGUCCCCGACGGCCCCUGUCACAUCCUCUGUGGCUUUUACUCCGCGCCAGGGAAGUUCUGGGUUUCUUUGGGCGGCUAUAAUUCUGGCUUUCUAUAUCAUUGCGAGUUCCCUCCAUAUGACAAAAGUAGUGAUAUCACAAAAAGGAAAGAUGAACCUUUUGAUUUCCGUUUUCUUGAGGAUACAGAAGAUAAUCCCAUCAAAACCAUCAUUUUCAGUAUUAACCAAGAUAUUAUGUUUUGUGGAAUGCAAGAUGGAGCAAUUCGACUCUAUAUCCUAAGUCCGAAUGACUCUUCAUUGACCACUAUGGAACACUACUGGCACUUUAAUGUGCAUGACAAUACUUAUGGAUGUGUUAAAAGCAUUUCUACUAGCUUUGAUGACCGUUUUUUUGUGACUGUUGGAGCAGAUAGUAAUAUCUUUGUUUUCAACAUUUUUUCUGUUUAUGAGUUAAAAAGUAUGAAAGCCAAAGUGCCGUCUCCCAGGUUUGGAAUUGAAACAGAGCCAAUUCCAGACGAUAUUGAAGAUCCCAAAGCUUUCAGCAUAGAGGAUGCCAGAAGAAAAAGAGAACAUGACAAGUUAAUGAAAGAAGUGGCAGAAAUAAAGGCCAAGAAGAGAGAACAACUCGGAGCUUUGAGGAAUGAAUAUCAGAAACUAUUAGAAAUGAAUGACCAGUUACCAAAGCACAUGCAGUUUAAACGGACAGAUUUUGAUAUAGAUUCCAAAAUUCGUACGGACAUUAACAGAAGAACAGCUUUUAAAAUUCAACAAGUGGAAAAGGAAUUAGCUUGGGAAAAAGAGAAAUAUCAACUUGGCCUAACGAAGCUGCGGCAUAGGUUCCGCGACUCCCUGGAAGGCGAUGUCAUUGUGGUUCGCGCCAUACAGAGCGACCACAAGGUGUCCUCCUACCGGCUCGUGAAGCCCUCCAAGUACUCCAAAUCCAAACGGCCCAGCCACUUCGACAGAAGAGCGAGCAAGAUGGAGAGGUUUGAGAAAGAGGGAGCUGGGAGGAAGGAGAGCCAGCGAGAUACAGGUGGGAGCAUUAGUGUCCCAGAAGAAUCAAUUGUAGAAAAAGGGAAGGAAUUUCGGCCUAAGACCCUAAGUCAAAUUAUGGUGGACAAUCAAAUUGAGAAAACGAGGAAACUUAUAUUAAAAGCCGAAAGGGCCCAGCAAAAGAUUCAUCAGCGAAAAAAAGAAUGGGAUGAACUGUACAAGAGUAAACCUGCUGAUGACUAUGAAGACCCCAAAGAUGUUCAAGCCAUCAAAGAGGCUCAGGUGUAUAUGGGAGAUUUCAAUCUGAAGACAGCCCCAGACUAUAAGAUACCUGAGCACAUGAGAAUAAAUGCUGCCAAGAAAGAAGAGGAACUGGGACAUCUAGACACUAUGACCCAUUCAAAGAAAAUGCACUUGAAUAGGAGCGUCGUCUCUCUUCGAGACCUUAAGGUGGCUGUCAUCGAGGAGAUCCAGUGCCUGGUGCAAGAACUGAAGAACAUCCAGGCAACCCUUCCCCUCUCCAAGCGCAUCCCCAUCCCAGAGGUCCCGCAGAUUCACCCGGAGGAGGUUCCCGAAAAGAGAUUUCACUACGACGAGGAGAUUCUCCUCGCCUUCAAGCAACAGCAGGUGAAAACUAAGGGUAAAGAGGCCCAUUCAGUGGAGCAGACAGAGUCUACAAGCGCAGGCGGAGAAUUCCUCAGACCCCCUUACAGGAAGAGCGGGCACUUGACAACACGAGAUUCAUUGGCUAGAUCGUCAAAGGCGUCGGCAUUCGGGAUAGAUGUCCCAAAGUUCAUGGAAUUUGAAAAAGCAGAACCCAUCGAUGUAGAGGUGGAGAUUAUGAAGAGAAAUGAGAUUAAAAACGUCUACAUGCAGCAGUAUUUGACCAACAGGAUCAAAGAACUGAUUGUCACGUUUGAUGCAGAACUCCGCAUCCUGAGACAUCAGAAACUGAAACUAGAUAUCCAGAUGAAAUUAUCUGACCUGAACCAUGUCACAUUAUUUCAAGAAAUGCUUCUCCUCAAGAAUUUUGAAAAACAGGAGAACAUACUUCAAGAGAGUGUGAAUUCCUUAGACAAAGAGGAGCAGGACAUGCAAUGGCGAAUCAGUGAAACUCUGAAGGAGAUGGAAGAGAAAAAGAACGAAGUCAGCAGGCUCCAGGAGCAAGAAAAGGCGCUCUACGCCGGCUUUCAGGCGGCCCUGGGCGAAAACAACAAGUUCGCCAACUUCCUCACCAAGGUGCUGAAGAAGAGGGUGAAGCGGGUGAAGAGAAAGGAGGCCGAGGGCGAUGCCGAAGAUGAUGAGGACAGUGAUGAAUCAAGUGAGGAAGAAUCCAGCUUGGAGAGUGAUGAAGACGAGUCUGGAUCUGAAGAUGAGGUUUUUGAUGAUUCUAUCUGCCCAUCACAUUGCGACAUGAGUCUUUUUGAACUGGCACUUCAACUUCGGGAGAAAAGGCUGGACAUUGAGGAGGCCUUAGUCGAAGAGAAGAAAAUUAUCGAUAACCUCAAAAAGGAAUAUGAUACAUUGUCCAAAAAAGUCAAAGUUGUGGCGGCUAACCUGAACGCAGCAGAGGAGGACCUGGAGGCCUAUCAGCGAGAGAAGCAGCAGCAGCUGAAUGAACUUCUGGUUGUGGUUCCUCUCAAGCUUCACCAGAUAGAGCAUGUGGUGUUUGGAGAAAUACCUAGUGAUCUCUCUGGAACUUUGGUCUUUUCUAACGGCUCCCUGGGAAGACUGCAAGAACGAAUCGUGCAGCUCCAGGAAGAGAAUUCCAAGCAGUAUAAACUUAACAAAGAGUGGCGGGAGAGACGGAAACAGCUCAUUCGAGAGAAGAGAGAGAUGGCAAAAACUAUAAACAGAAUGGAGGAAACAGUCCGCGACUUGAUGAUCAGCAAGUUCGGCCGCGUGAUAGACCUGGCAGCUCUUCAGACACUUUCCGUGAAUGUAACGCUUGAGGAGCUCAAGAUUAAGAAACUCCGAAAGGAGCUGCUGAAUGCAAGGGAAAUAAAGAAGUGGGAGGAGAAGAUUGCUCAGGUGCGGUGGGAGCUGAUGAUGAAGACAAAAGAACACACCAAAAAGCUCCACCAGAUGAAUGACUUAUGUAUUGAAAAGAAGAAACUGGACUCUCAGUUGAAUACACUACAGAACCAGCAGGGCAAUGCCUUCCAGGGCCCUCGGAAAGCAGAUACAGUGGCAAGAGAGAAGGUCACCGAGUUGAUCCAAUUCCAGGCUGAAAGAAUUUUGAACUUAAAGAGGGAGAUUGCUCAUUUGCGUAAGAAAGGAGGCAUUAUCCUCCCACCCAUUCAGCCCAGACCAUAGAACAGAUGAAGCCCCUGGGCCUUUUCAGUUUGCUUUUUCUCUCAAAUCCAUCCAAGAUUUCUGACAUAAAAUCCACCAGAAGUUGCCUCCUUGUCUCCUGCAACAAUCCUGUUAUUUUAAAAUGAACCUUAUCUAAAAGUCUAAACU